AUGCCGGAGAUGGUUUCACUGCUCGAGUUGGAGUUGAAGCCCUCAUCGAUGAAGAGAAUGAACGCUGAUCCCGACAAGGACACAAAAGCACUUGAAAAAGGGAGUGAAUACAAGGCCGACAAAAUCCUUCCGGGACAUUUCUCUGGAUCACACCUCGCAAAUGUUAUACAGCAGAAUAUCCAGGAACUGUGCUGGAAAGUUCCACGUCAUCCGCUUUACAGUCCUGACUUCGACUACCAUUCGGCAUUCUCCGAAGGACAAGAAGUUUCGGAACGAUGA